AAAUAAUGAGACCAUAAACAUCAGAAACAUUUGUUCGUGAAUAUCUGGAUGUUUAAAUGAGACCUAAAACAGCUAAAUUGAUGACAUCCACACAAUUAAGGAAUUUGAGUGCAAAAACAUCUAAACCUAAUUUUGAAUUUACUAAUAAACCAUAGGUGGAAGUUCAUUAUUAAAAGUUUAUACCAAGAAAUUUUGGAGUGCUUUGUGAUUAGUAAAAAUUGGAUAUUUAUAUUAGAGGAUAUUAUGAAAGUAACAAAUAAAUAUAACUGCAAAAAUUUGGAAGAUCAUAAAAUAAUGGCACAACUUAAAAAACUAAGAUAGCUUAAACAAAUUAAUAAUAACAAUAAAAUAAGAAACCUUAAGUAUAUAAAUUGAUUGAAAUUGACUCAAGAUAAAGAUAAGAUCCAGAAGCUAUAACUGAGAGGGAAAAAGAAUUAAAAUAUAAGAGAUAACUAUUACAAAUGAUAAAUGAUGAUGUCUAACCUUUAGGAGAGAUACACAAAACAUUUAAUAAAGGUAAUCAUGUAAUAAUUGUCAAAUUAACGUAAAUAAUAAAUAAUAAAUAUAGUCCUAUGAUUUUGAGGAAAAGGAAGGUUAAAAAGGAACAUAAUCCUCUGACUUUAAGUUGGAAUCAUACAAAGAAAUUGUUACUAGUUAAAGACUUAACUAAUUAUUUGAUUGAAAGUAAUUAAUUUAAACUAAUUAGAUAUGACAUAUCAAAACAAAAAGAUUUAAUUGAAUGUAUAUGCAAUUAGUGGAUCAGAAUUUAUCGAUGAAAUUCAAAAACCAAAGGAUAUUGAAUUUGUGUUAGAAUAAAGAAGAUUUAUUUGUGUAAUGCCCAAAUUAAUUAUAUAUUGUGAUGACAUUAAUAAACAUGCAACCAUCCCUUUGACAAAUUUAAAAAUGUCUUAAUUACUUCAAUCUAAUUUUUAAGAGAUUGAUGAUUAUGUAACAUUUAAUUUUAUUUAGAUGUCUGAAAUUGAUGAAUUGUCUAAUUUUGUAAUUCCUCAAAAAAAGUUUCCAGUUUCAAUUCAAUCAGGAAAAUUGACAAAAAAAGAGAAAAUAAUAAAAAAAAUCGUUUAUUAUGAUGAAUCAUAUUACUAAAUAGCUUUUAUACCACCAUCAAUUGUUGUUUCUAAUAAUAUAAAGUAAAUUGGUUAAUAUCACUUUUCAAUAAAAGAUUUGGAAUGUUUAGCAAGUUUUUGUUUUAAAAAUCCAAUUUAAAACUUUAUUAAAAACUAUGUUGAUAUUAUAACAUUAUCUGCUACUAGAGCUUCAGUAAAAGUAAAUAUACCUGAAUAGUAUGAUGUUGUAGCAGGGUAAUAAGGAUAAGCAUGUUCAGAGAAUGGUUUUCUAUUGAAUCAAACUAUUGAAUCUGAGUUUAAGAUUGUUUAUACACCUGCUUAAUUAGAAUUCUAUAAUCCAACAACUCUUGAUAAAUAAUUGAGAAUAAUUGAAGAAAAAGAAUUGUAAUAAAUUAUUGAUUUAGAUUUUAAUUUUACAUUAUGA